ACAGCACCCCAGCAAAGAGAAGAGAAGAAAACCACCAAAGACUCUGCAUUACCAAUUUGAAAUCAAAACCAAAACCAAAACCAUGGAAAUUGAAGUUCCUGUUGUGAUUGUGGGUGCAGGCCCUGCUGGCCUAGCAACCGCUGCAUGCCUUAACAAAUAUUCCAUCCCUAACGUUGUUUUGGAAAGAGAUGAUUGCCAUGCAUCUCUUUGGAGGAAAAGGGCUUAUGACCGCUUGAAACUUCACUUAGGCAAAGAUUUUUGCAACCUCCCUCACAUGCCAUUUCCGCCUGAUUUUCCCACCUUUGUCCCUAGGGUUGACUUUUUACGCUACUUGGACAACUAUGUCACCCGUUUUAAAAUUUCCAUCCGGUACAACCGGAAUGUGGAAUCUGCUUCUAUGGAUGAACAAAACAAUGGGAAAUGGAGGGUUGUUGUCAAGGACACAACAACAAAUGCUGAUGAGGUUUACGUGGCAAACUAUCUGGUGGUUGCAACUGGGGAGAAUAGUGAAGGGUAUGUGCCCCAGAUUGAAGGGCUUGAAGGAUUUGAAGGGAAACACAUGCAUUGCAGCGAGUACCUGAAUGGAAGAGACUUGUAUGGCAAACAUGUCCUUGUUGUUGGCUGUGGCAAUUCUGGCAUGGAGAUCGCUUAUGAUCUCUCAAAUUGGGGUGCAAAUACCUCUAUUGUUGUUAGAGGCCCUGUUCAUUAUUUUACCAAAGAAAUGGUGUACGUGGGAAUGUCCUUGCUGAAAUACUUCAAAAUAGAGAAGGUGGACAAGCUUAUGUUGCUCAUGAGCAAACUGAAGUAUGGAGACAUGUCCAAUUACGGCUUGAUCAGGCCAAAGGAUGGACCCUUCUUUCUGAAGAAAAAGGGUGGAACUACCCCUACCAUAGAUGUGGGUUGUGUUAGUAGGAUUAAGAAAGGCGAAGUGAAGGUUUUCCCAGCUAUUUCAAGCAUUAAAGAGGACAAGUUGAUUGAGUUUGAGGAUGGACAAAAUGGUCAAUUUGAUGUCAUCAUCUUUGCUACUGGAUACAAUAGCACUGUGCUGAAGUGGCUUAAGGAUUACAGAGGGCUGUUCAAUGAGAAUGGAAUGCCAAAACCAGAUUUUCCAAAUCACUGGAAGGGAGAGAAUGCUAUCUACUGCGCUGGAUUUUCAAGAAGGGGAUUAGAUGGCAUUGCUUUUGAUGCCAAGCGUAUUGCUGCUGACAUAAAAAAGACCGUGAAUAUAAAGAACUUAUUACCCAGUGAAGAGGACAACUUUGCUUCCUUCAAACUCUUAGAAAAAUAAGUACACACACAAAACUAAAAAAAAUGCCGUAGUGUAUGGUUAUAGUAAUUAGUUUUUACGUUUGUGUGUGGUUAAGUAAUGAGUUCUUAGAAUAAAAGACAUGACACCUGAAGUACUUUCCCCUGUCGGUGGAUUUUGAGUGUGUGGUUCAGUUAUGAACCGUGGGAUUACAUGACCCAUAUAUGUUUUUUUUUUGUUUUUUUAUUUGGUGUUCAGCUAUAUAUGUCUCGUUCUAAAUAAAAGAAAGAAAUAUACCGAAUGUAUAAGCUGAUAAGUUA